AUGCUGAUGCAUUCAUACUCCGUACCUUGCCGCCAGUUAGUGCGCUCAACUAUCAAAAAUCAGCGGUCACAAACUUUCAAGGCAUUUUAUGCUACUAUUCAGAGUCUCCGAAAGGCUCCACCUGCAGACAUCGACGAUGUACCCUCAGAUAAUGACUUCAUUCUCUCUAUCCUACGCGCAAACGCUUCGUCGCGCGACGCUAAACCAUAUUUUGCUUCUUUCAGUCCUCGUCCUCGCCCAGUUCCAGCGUUACCACAAAUCGAUGAAGCGACACCUGUCGAGUUCCGCGAACCUUUACCGGUUACUGAGCACCCCAAAGUCAGCCCCCUUAUCGCAUCCAUCAUCGAUCCCGUUAUACGUAGGACCGCUCUUGUAAAGAUUCAAGGUCCAUUUAAUCAGGUUCAGUUGGAUAGUAUCGCUAGAGGUAUGGUAUAUCUCGAGAAGCUCGGUUUAGUGAGCGUUAUUGUUGUCGAAAACGACGACGUUCAGCGAGGCGAACAAGACUCAAGGAGUGUCAUUGUAGAGGAUACUAUGCGUCUUGUGUCUUGCUUAGAGAAGCAUGGUGCCCGUGCUCGUCCAGUCCUCGGUGCUGUAGUUCGCCUGGGUCCUAAACCUGAAGAUCCAGAGACGGUACAGGACUUCGUACCCCCUGAAGCUCAUACUUUUCCUUCUGAUCUUGUGCCUAUCCGCUCAGCGCUUCGGUCAGGGGAAAUUCCUGUGAUCCCGCCUUUCGCUCUGGAUUCCUUCUGUCGUUCGGUUCGAAUAGACGCGAACGAUGUCAUCGGCGCGCUUGCCCGUGGGAUGGUUGAGGCUGGGUCUCAGAGUUCAUCCGCAGAUGCUUCUAUCGAAGCUUCAGGUGAAGUUGAUCUUACCCCUCUGCGACUCAUGAUUAUCAACCGGGAAGGAGGCGUUCCUUCGUAUGCCCGUAGCGGUUUUCCACACCUUCUCAUCAACCUCGAUUCCGAGUCAAAACAUAUCCGGGAGACGUUCCACGAAUCUUGGAGGCACACGCACAAGACAGCUUUGUCCAAUCUAGCACUUGCCAAAACUUGCCUCACAUAUAUGCCACCAACCUCGUCCGCUGUCAUGGUAUCGCAUCGCUCUCAGAGCUCGUUAAUUGGUAAUUUGAUCACCAACAGGCCUGCUGUGAGCUCCAGUUUGCCUCACGCACUGUUGCAAGGCAAUCGUAAGCUUACUCCGCAUACACCUACCUUGAUUCGUCGCGGAUUGCCCAUACGAGUGGUUCGCACAGUCGAGAAUAUUGACCGGAAUAAAAUGAAUGCACUGCUAGAACAGUCGUUCGGGCGCACUUUGGAGGAAACCGACUUUUAUGACCGUUUGAAGCGCACCCUAGACUUCGUCAUAAUUGCGGGAGACUAUGCUGGAGCUGCAAUCGUUACCAACGAGCCUUCAUCGGAUUUGUCGCAACCCAUUUCAUAUCUGGACAAGUUUGCUGUCUUACCUAGUCACCAGGGUGAUGGUACCGUUGACUUUCUAUGGGUCGCUCUUCACGAUGAGUCUUACGGGCUCGGUCAUCCUUUCUCCGCUAAUCCCAACGGUGGUAAGGAAGGGCAAGGAGAAGGUCGGGACCUCGUAUGGCGAAGUCGUGCUAAUAACCCAGUGAACAAGUGGUAUUUCGAACGGAGUUCUGGUCAUGUUCGGAUGGGUGAUUGGGUACUGUUCUGGUGCGAUGCAGAGAAACGGCUAAAGAUUGAGCAAGGGCGUCGUGGUCGAGCAGGAUUGUCCUACAUUGAGGAUUGGGAGGAGGGUCGCCUUGCCUCAUGGAUUGAUGUUGUUCACAAAAUUCCUUCCAGUUGGAAAAAGUAA